AUGGCCUCGAAACUCACCGAAACAGACUCCAUCGCAGAGAUCCGACCCGCCGCCAAUGGACCCGCCUCCGUCCUAGGCUACCACCGCCUCUUAGCCCCCAAUGCGGGUGUCAGAGUCUCGCCGUUGUGUCUGGGAGCGAUGAAUUUUGGGGAUGCUUGGAGUAGUUUUAUGGGCGAAUGUUCCAAAGAGACGACUUUCGAGAUUUUGGAUUAUUUCUAUGCGCAAGGGGGAAAUUUUAUUGAUACGGCGAAUAAUUAUCAGAAUGAGCAGAGUGAGGCGUGGAUUGGGGAGUGGAUGGAGAAGAGGGGGGUUAGGGAUCAGUUGCGACGAAGGUGUUACACCUCGGGAUACCGCACUGGCUCAGACCCAAAGGCUCUGCAGAGCAAUUACACGGGCAAUAAUACAAAGUCGAUGGUGAUGAGUGUCGAGGCCAGUCUGAAGAAACUCAAGACGAGCUAUAUCGAUGUGCUGUAUGUCCAUUGGUGGGAUUACACGACGCCUGUGGAGGAGAUUAUGAGGUCCCUCAAUACUCUGGCCGAUCAGGGGAAGGUUCUCUAUCUUGGUGUCAGCGAUACUCCAGCGUGGAUCGUCAGCAAGGCUAACCAAUGGGCUCGAGACCACGGCAUGCGUCCUUUCGUUGUCUACCAGGGCCAGUGGAGCGCUUCCAUUCGAGACUUCGAGAGGGACAUCAUUCCGAUGUGUGAAGCAGAGGGGAUGGGUCUCGCGCCAUGGGGAGCUCUUGGGGGAGGCAACUUUAAGAGCGAGGAGCAGAGGAAAGCCACGGAUGGACGCAAGAUGUUCCAGAUCUCAGAGAGAGACAUUGCCAUCAGCAAGGUGCUUGAGAAGAUUGCCAAUGAGAAGGGGACUGUCAUCACGGGAAUCGCACUUGCAUACGUGAUGCACAAGACACCGAACGUUUUCCCCAUCGUGGGCGGACGAAAGGUCGAGCAUCUCAAAGGCAACAUCGAAGGCCUAAGUAUCAAGCUGUCGAAGGCGGAGAUCGAGGAGAUCGAAUCGGCGUCGCCAUUCGAGUACGGCUUUCCGCUCAGCAUCCUCUUCCUGGACCAGAAGACGCCAUCGUUCAAGGGAAGUGAUGUGUAUCUGACCAAGAUGUCGGCUCAAAUUGAUACUCCGGAGCGACCCAAGCCGAUCGAGCCGAGAAGCAAAGCUUAG